AUGAAAGAAGAAGCAAGCGCAGAUGAUUUUCAAGUUCGGGAUUUUCUCAAGAAGAAGAAGAAGAAGAGAAAACACAAAGAAGGCAACAAGAAAUAUAAAAAUGAUGAAGGAGAAGGUGGACAAAAUGCAGAGGUUAGCCAUGCUUCUACACUGCUGCUUGAAGACCAAACAGCACAGAGUGGUGAAGGCUGUAAAAAGAAGAAAAAAAAAACAAACAAAGGGGAGAAGCAACAGUCUUCAUUAGAUUGUUCUUUUGUCGAACAUGAAAUUAGUAAUGAGACUGGAGUGGAUGCUUUCCAAAAGAGAAAGAAAAAAAAGAAACAGAAGCGUAAUGAUAGUACAGAUGAUCAAAGCGGUGUAACUUUUGUCACAGUAAGUCCACAUGGCACUGAUAAUUGUCAGGAGACGAAUGCUGAUUACGUUUAUUUAAAACAGGCUAUUAAGAAGAAAAGAAAAAAAUUACUUGAAGAAGAAAAGGUACAUGAGCUGCCUACCUCAGAAACAUGUGAUAAAAAUGACAAUCAAAGAUCAAAAAAGAAGAAGAAGAAGAAAAGAGACAGUAGUGCCCAAGAUAUGCAAGAAGACAUAGAUGACACAGCCUUGCCAUUACCUGAAGACGAGGGUGGUGUGGCAACACCCCGGCAAUGGCAUGAAGAUGGUGACGGUGAUGCUUCUCCUGCCAUGAGUGAAGGUUCUGAGGAUGUACCUGCUGAUUCUUCUAAGCCAACUAAAACAGCUGAUCAGCGUCCUCCGAAAACUCCAGGGCGUGGUAAAAAGAUAAUAAAAAGCAGAGCUUUUGUCACGGAAGAAAGCUCUUCAGAGUCUGAUGCAACGACACCAGAACCCUCGGCGUCAAAGAGAAAGGAGGACCAGAAGAGUUCCUUUACUGAAGUGGUAGCCUCUGAUGAUGAAGAGGACCUGGACUUUGGCAUGUAUUCAUUCAUCGAUUUGGAUUCUGCAAAGCAAGAAUUGGAAGAGUUUAUUCCUCAUGUGAGGAACAUAUCGGACAGUUCAGUCAGGAAGAUGGCUGGAAGAGACUUAGCAAGGUUUAAACGGUUUAAAAAGCAAGGUAUUGCUGUCAAGUUUGGCAGAUUUUCCCAGAAGGAAAAUGAUCAAAUCCGGAAAAAUCUUGAAGAGUUCUUAUCAAUUACUGGAAUAGACAGUGCUGAAAAACUCCUGUUUACCUCGAGGUAUCCAGAAGAUAAAGGAACUAUCAAUCGUCUAAAAGCAGAACAUGGUUUUUGUGAAAAACUUUCUGAGGGCAUACCACGACCCUGGAGGCUGAUAUAUUAUCGAGCAAGGAAGAUGUUUGACCCAAAUAAUUAUAAAGGGAGGUAUACUAAGGAAGAAAAAGAAAAGUUAAAGAAGUAUCAUGCUCUGCAUGGCAAUGAUUGGAAGAAGAUUUCCGAGAUGAUGUCCCGUUCUAACCUCUCAGUUGCUAUGAAAUACUCUGAAAUCAAGUCGACUGUUAAUUAUGGUCCUUGGUCAAAGGAAGAGACUCAGAAGUUAAAGCAUGCAGUGGAGGAGGUGAUCAGGAAAAGACUGGAAACAGAAGAUGCAGAUUCUGUUUCAUCAUCAGAAAAGUCACAUAGAGAUCUCAUGAUCGACCGUGAGAAACUGUACCAGAAAUUACCAUGGACUGAGAUCGAAGCUAAAGUGGGAACUCGAUAUUGGAGACAAUGUAAACAGAAAUGGACUACAAUUUUAACAAACAAGAUGACCAAAGGGCAGCAGUUAUAUAGGGGGAACAAAGGAUUACAGGCCAAGAUCAAUCUUAUUAAAAGAUUGCAUGAGCUGAAAGUGGAGGAUGCUAAUGAAGUAAACUGGGAAGAACUCAGUAAUACUAUCGGAGAUGUUCCUAGAGCCUAUGUUCAAGGAAAAUUUUAUAAGCUAAAAGUCUCCUGUGUCCCUUUUUGGCAAAAAAAGACUUUUUCUGAAAUUAUUGAUUAUCUUUUUGAAGAGAAACUUCCGGAACUUGAAGAGAAGUUAGAAAGCAGGAAAGGGAAACACCAUAGUUCUGACGAUUCAGCAAUCAGGCAACAGAAGGCGGCUUUCCGACUCAGUGACAUCUUUGACUCCAGUGAAGAGAGUGAUUAA